AUGCAGCCGAAUCCGUUCCCAUUCGGCAGUGUGCUUGGGAAUCCCUUUCUUUUCAAUGGAGAAUUGAGCGAGCUCGGCGGCGCUGGUAUUGGAUUCGAGAGCUCUAGGGUUUUCUUCUUACUCCCUUUUCUCUUGUCCCAAGGAGGUGGAAUGGAUUUGUCCAAGGUCGGGGAGAAGCUGCUUAGUUCCGUGCGGUCUGCUAGAUCGCUUGGUUUGCUGCCUACCGUCUCCGACAAACCUGAGGUUCCUGCUAGGGCUGCAGCAGCGGCAGCUGUUGCUCGUGCAAUUUCAGGGCUGCCUCCUCAUCAGCGGUAUACUCUUCCUUCAAAUUCCGAAGACUUGUGCUUUAUAUAUGGAAGCAGACCACAAGAUCAAGUGGUGGAGGAGCUAGAAGAAGAUUUCUACGAGGAGAGCUUCGAUCCAAUUCGACAUACACUGAAGAUGAUUCCUUCUGAGGAAAUUGAAGUCACAUAUUUUGAAAAACAGGCUGCUCUUAGAUUGACACAACUGGAUAGGGUAGCCGAGCAUUUAUCCCAUCAUGUCAUGGAACAUCAUGAAGUAAUGGUGAAGGGAAUGAAUUUGGUCAGAGAGUUAGAGAAAGACAUAAAGAUUGCAAAUAUUAUCUGCAUGAAUGGGAGAAGGAAUCUCACAUCGUCCAUGACCGAGGUUUCAAGGGAUCUUGUCGUAAAUACAAAUUCCAAGAAGAAACAAGCUCUUUUGGACAUGCUUCCAAUAUUAAACGAACUUCGUCAUGCUGUGGACAUGCAAUCAGCACUUGAAUCCCUUGUUGAAGAAGGAAAUUACUGCAAGGCAUUCCAAGUCCUAUCUGAGUAUUUGCAGCUUUUAGAUAGUUUAUCCGAACUUUCAGCCGCACAAGAGAUGAGCCGAGCAGUUGAGGUUUGGUUGGGUAGAACCCUUCAGAAGCUAGAUGCACUGCUGUUAGGAGUGUGCCAGGACUUCAAGGAGGAGAGCUAUAUAAUUGUAGUUGAUGCAUAUGCAUUAAUUGGAGAUGUCUCUGGUCUUGCUGAGAAAGUUCAAAGUUUCUUCAUGCAAGAAGUUCUCUCAGAAACCCAUAUGGUAUUGAAGAAUAUUGUGCUAGAGGAUCAGCCAGUUCAAAAGCAGAAUAGUAGACUUACCUACAGUGAUCUAUGCCUUCAGAUACCGGAGUCCAAGUUUAGACAGUGUCUAUUGAGAACACUUGCUUCCUUAUUUAGGCUGAUGUGCUCGUAUCAUGAAAUCAUGAGCUUUCAGAUGGACAACAAGAAUCUAGGAUACCAAACAUCGCUGAUGAAAGACCAGGAAUGUGAUCAGUCCUGGCAUGGCAGAGAGGUCCAAAGAACACAUGAUCCCCAAGUAAAUAAUGGGUCUUCUAAUUCUGUAAAGAGACUCCCUGAUUCAUCAUCAGCUGAGGAGUCUACUUCUGGGUCUUUGACUUGUGCAGCAGGAUCUAAAGAUUCUGUAGCUUCUGAUUCUAAGAUUUUUCAUGAGACCAGGAAUGAUAGUAGUGAAGCAUCAAGCAGUGGAUCCCCUUGGUACCAGCUGCGGAAAGAUGCUACGGCAUAUGUUUCACAAACCCUUCAAAGAGGAAGGAAGAAUCUUUGGCAGCUCACAACGAGUAGAGUAUUGGUGUUGCUUUCCUCUGGUGCAGUUGGUUCAAUGAGCAUUCACCAGUUUUUAAAAAAUUACGAAGACCUAAAUAUGUUCAUCUUGGCGGGGGAAGCAUUUAGUGGAGCUGAAGCAGUUGAGUUCAGACAGAAGUUGAAGGGUGUCUGUGAAAACUAUUUUACUGCCUUCCACCGACAGAAUAUUCAUGCACUGAAAAUGGUUUUAGAGAAGGAAACUUGGCAGAAAAUGCCUCCUGAAACAGCACAAGUAGUUAGUUUUGCCGGGUUAGUUGGCGAUGGCGCACCAGUCAUCAGUCAGUCUGAGAGUAGGUCUGCUGGUUCUCGGUUGCACCAUUCUGCUAAAUCAAUGAACUCUGUUGAUGCCAAUUCGAGGAAGAGUGGGUUUACUAGUUGGCUUAAAGGUGGGAACCCAUUUGCAUUAAAAGUAAUGCACAUUGCCAGAGACGGUCAGGAUUCUCCCCAUGUCAGUAGUGCUACCGGGGAAUUUGGAGGGCAUGUUAAUAAUCAUAUAAAUGGAACACCUGUUUCUGAAGAUGAAAAUGAAGAUCUACUUGCAGACUUUAUCGAUGAAGAUAGUCAGCUACCUAGUCGAAAACCAGGUAUUCCAAGAAACAACUCGUUGCAUUGGAAAAAUGAUGAUGUAACAGCACAGACCGGUUCAUCCCUUUGCCUGUUAAGGUCAAUGGAUAAAUAUGCAAGGCUCAUGCAGAAACUAGAAAUAGUUAAUGUUGAAUUUUUUAAGGGAAUUUGUCAGCUGUUUGAGGUUUUUUACUACUUCGUUUUUGACAUAUUUGGUGGGAAAAACUCUGCCUCAACUGGAAAAUAUGCGCUUGACACUUCCAACCAUCGGCUGAAGACUGCCUUGUUGAAGAUAUCCCAAGAUUGUGACCAGUGGAUAAAGCCUCAGUCAAUACAGUCAGCAUCUUCAUUGCCUACUUCUGUUACAUAUAUCCAUUCAGAUAUUGUACCUAGCAGUCCACCAAAUCACUCUCCUGCUUCUUUUAGUCUCAAGGAAAGAUGUACUGGUGCUGAUACAGCGUCAGUUGUUGCUCGAAUAUUGCAUAGAUCUAAAGGUCAUCUUCAAUCCAUGCUUCUUCAAAAGAAUCCAACUUUAGUCGAGGAUUUCUAUGCAAAUCUGGUGGAUUCUGUACCAUCUCUUACAGAGCACAUACAUAGGACAACUGCAAGACUGCUGCUCCACAUAGAUGGGUAUGUCGAUCGGAUUGCUAAUGCGAAGUGGGAAGUCAAAGAGCUGGGUCUUGAGCAUAAUGGGUACGUUGAUCUGUUGCUGGGAGAAUUUAAGCACUAUAAAACACGGCUUGCUCAUGGAGGAAUUCACAAAGAGGUUCAAGACCUGCUGUUGGAAUACGGUGUUGAAAUUGUAGCUGAAACUCUCAUCGAAGGGCUGUCUAGGGUCAAGAAAUGUACCGAUGAAGGACGUGCUCUCAUGUCAUUGGAUCUUCAGGUUUUGAUUAAUGGUCUACACCAUUUUGUACAAGGCAAUGUGAAACCAAAGUUGCAGGCUGUAGAAACUUUCAUAAAGGCUUACUACCUUCCAGAAACCGAAUAUGUCCACUGGGCUCGUGCUCAUCCGGAGUACACCAAGAGCCAGGUAGUUGGACUGGUGAACCUUGUGGCGGCAAUGAAAGGCUGGAAGAGGAAAACCAGGCUGGAAACAGUAGAAAAGAUCGAAUCAGGCUGA